AUGGCUAAAAUAAUCCAAUGGAACCUUAAUGGCUUCUUCAAGAAACAAGAAGAGCUUAAACUCAUCAUCCAAAACCACGACCCCCAAAUUAUAUGCCUACAAGAAACAAAUUUCAAAGACAACUUCACAGCUCACCUCAAAAAUUACGAAGGAUUCAGUGAAUACUCCAUUCUUUAUCUUUUUGUCAGAUAUAAAUUUGGAUGGAACGAAAUCGAUUACAGCCUCUACGCUGCAUACAAAAUGACUGGGAUACUUAUUGGGACUAUCUUAGCUAUAUGGUUAAUGAGUGUAAAACUAAAAAUGCACGACGCAGCAAUAGGAUUUAUCGGCAGCAGUUUCGACCUAAUCGCUGCUGUGUGCUAUAGUUUUGUCACCCAACCUUGGCAGCUGUAUGCAGUGCCAGUGAUAGACAUUUUCCACGGUGCAGCGUUUACAGUCAGCACUUCGAUGGCGUCAAAACUCGUCGAUAACAGUGAACUAGCGCAACUCAAUUCUGUUCGCGGUAUGCUGGAAACGCUCGCUCCAAUUAUUAUUUAUCCGUUAUAUAAUCAAUUAUAUAAGCUCACAUUUGAAACACUACCGGGAGCUUUUUUCCUGUUGACUGCGGUUAUUACUGUUCCAGUUGUCAUACUAUUCGGGUUGACAUACAAAGCCGAUCAAAAAGACAACAUAUUUAAAAAUAAUGAAGAUGAUGUUGUAGCACCAAAAAAUAAAGACGAAUGUAAUAAUACUGUCAAAGAAGAAUCGAUUAAAACUAUAGAUUCUGUUUGA